GGUCGACAAUGGUGGCUAAGAAACCUCCAUGGUCUCUCAAGGACCAGCUCUUUCUCAUUGACCAACACUGGAUAGCUGUGUACGGACAAGUCCUGCAGCAGCACGUGAGAGGUGUCAGCACCCAACUCUUACACACUCUCAGAAACAGACCAGGUGUGAUGACAGUGGACGAGGCUGUGGUGUUUGCCAGAAGAUCCAUGUCUCUCGUCCAGGGCUUCAGCGGCUGCAAAUACUGUUCUGAUAGCAUCCACAGUGCAAUAUCGAGACUCAACCUCGUCACUAACAGACUCCAACUGAUGAAGCAGCAGCCGUUGUUGGGUGGGGCAGGCCUGUUGACGGGUGGGGCAGGUUCGGGUGGUCCCCACUUCCCACUGCAGAGUCCGACCACACCCAAUCCUCACCAGCCACCAGUGGCUCUGGUAUCACCCAUUGGCCCACAACCAAUCACACCCCUCAUCCCCACAACCGCCUCCAACAUACAGCCCGACCAUCCCUCCUCGUCUCUCCCUCUCCUCACCCCCUCCUCCUCCCUCUCUCUCCGCGACAAACUGACAAUGGUGGCCCAGACUCCACCUACUAUUCCCCCGCGACAGCUGGAGUGGGCGUUGGGAUUGGUCCACGACAGCAUUAUCUACAGCCAGAGCCUAGUCCAGGAGACGCUGAGCUCUGUCCAGACUCCCGCAGACCGAGCCAACGUCUGUCACUUUGUGAGACAGGUCGUGGAACUCCUCUCCCAUAUUGUCUCCAGCCUCCAGAGGUUUGUAGUUACUUUCUACCUUCUCUCUUCACUUUGCUUGCCUCCCUCAUUCACUCAUCUCUCCUCACCCUUUCUCCAUCUCUACCCCCGACUCCACUCUCCCUUGCUCCCCUAGUGCCUGUUUCUCUUCCCCCCUUCUUCUGCUCUUGUCUUCUCCCCUCUCUCCUCUCUCUUCCCCCCUUCUCCUCUUGUCCUCACCCUGCUUACCUUCCCUAUACUGCAUCUCUCCUAAUUUGUCCGAUCCUCUCCACCACAGUUUGUUGGAAAACAACACCACCAUUCAAAGGGCUCACGACUUCCUCACUGCAAUCGACUUUUUUCUCUCUCGAGUAAAACAAAACACAAAACAUAUCCCCACACCCCCACAUAUUGUUGUGAGUGUCUCGUGUAUCUAUGCAGGCUUGCCAAGUAAACAGCCCACUUACAAUCAACACAUUCUUUGAACUCCUGCUCAUGAAGGAACAGAGAGAGCUACUAGAGACGGCUCUGGGGACCUUCAGCAACAUGCUGGCUCAACUGAGGAGUGUUGACACCAGCUUCGAAUCCUGACCAUCGCCUCCCUCUCUACCUCCCUCACUCCCUCCUCGACCUCAACCAUUCACAUCGACCUAGUAGCUCCCCUAGACUUGCAUGUAGUCUGUAGCAGCACCUGUUGCUUGCAGUGUUUUUGAAACUUCAGCUCUCACCAUUCAUUACUGCCGAUGAUUGUAUGUGUAUGCAUAUAUCCAUUGCUUUCCCUUGUACUGAAGCACACUCUUAUUGUGCAGAAUGUUAACUUUCACGAUUGUGUCAUAUUGUGUAAAACUCCUUAUAGUAGAGAAAGCC